AUGGCCAUGGCCGCUUUCAAUUCCCUGCCGGCGCUGUCAUCCUCGGGCGCCACACCCGGUGGUGGUGGUAGUGCUGAUCCCCUAGGAGGCCUGACUGCUUCGUCGGGCCCCUCGCUCGGCCUCGACGCCUUUGACCCAGACAUCGCCUUUGACGAGUCGCUUCUCGUCAACGGCGGCCUGUCGACGCUCCCCUUCACCCCAACACAGUACGACUUCGAGACCUUUAGCACAACCUUUGAGGACCCGUUUUCGUACCCCACACGACACUAUGAUGGCGCCGGCGCCGUCGACGCCGAGAUCUUCAACGACGAUGCCGCCUCGCCCCAGGAGCUUGACAACAAGCUGCUAGGUUUUAGCGCCCUCAUCCCCGGCGCCGCCGCCCUUGUUGACGAGGCUGGCCAGUUUGCUGAGCCCAACAUGACAGCCGAGCUGUACGGCAUGUUCUUCGUCGCCGAGGACGUCUUUGGCGGCGAGAACACGGGCCGCCCCCUCGAGCUGACGUGCUACCGCCGCAAUCUCUGGCAGUGCUCGGGCCAGAUCACCCUCCCGCGCCACAUUGCCCACUGCGUCGAUGACCAGGGCCGCCAGAUGCCUGUCGUCGACCUCGCCGCCUCCAUCACAGCCAUUGAGAGCAUCGAGGGCAAGUCCACCGAGAUCAUAUCCAUCCCCUGGAAGAGCAGCAAUCCCCCGCUGGGCGGAGCAACAGGAGCCGAGGAUACCAAGGUGGCAAGCUCCCCGCCCAACGUGCCGGUAGACCUCAGCAGCGGCCAGGAGCUUGACGGCAGCCGUGUGACGGUGCCUGUCUCAUGGAAGCGGCUUCAGUUCAAGCACGCUACGGCCAACAACGGCCGCCGCAAGGGCCUCCAGCAGCACUACGUCGUGCAGAUCAACCUGCUGGCCAAGACCAAGAGCAGCGAGUACAUCAAGAUUGCCGAGGUCCAAUCCGGCCCUGUCAUCGUGCGUGGCCGUAGUCCACGGAACUUUGACAGCCGAAAAGAUGUGCCGUUGACGGGAGACAAGAAACUCGACCGGAGGACCACAGACCCGCCCUUUCAGCCCCAAGAAAGGGGAGAUCUAGCCCAAAACCUUCAGCGCUACCACUCGCUUGGGAAUAUACAGUCUGGCGAUUGGUCAACACCACAAUCGUUCGCCACGCCAAAUGUUCACCCAAGCAAAAAGGUGGCAGUCUCACCCGGCCUGACGCGACCUCCAGUGCCGACGUGGGGCUCCGACACUACCAGUUCCAGGGGUAACAGCAAGUUCGCCGGCCUCUCCUCACCGCAGUCCCAGUUGAUGUCUAAGCAGACAUCGCACGGCGCCGCCGGAGGACCCACGCUACCCAUAAAUCUUUCUUUAUCGGAAGACGAGCGCAGCCCCAACCGGUCUGGCUCCGAAAGCACGCAAAGCCCCCAGUUCGCCAAGUCAAUAGCGUCAGUUUCUGCCAGCGGUCCCGCCGGGCAAAACCACCCGAACGGCAGUCCGCUUGAGACGGCCGACAUGCUGUACGAGUAUUUCCCGCUCAGUCUAGACGACUGGAUGCCUCCCGUCGACGCCAUCUACCGUCCGCAUGUCGUGCACCACACCAUCGUGCCGCCCGAGGUCAAGGCGCAGCAGAUCAAGAGCAAGACGAAACGAUAUUUUGCUGCCGAGUAA